AUGUUUUUUGUGCCCAAAAAAAAAGCUGCUCUCUUACUCCAAUAGGGUUGAAGACCCAUUGCUCUGUUUCUGCAAAGCACCGAACUAGCUGAACCCUUCUCUGUCUCCGCCCAUUAGAAGCUGCAGAGAUCAAUGUCAAACAGAAAAGUCCCACUUCUCACUGUCAAAUCCCUAACAGCUUUAUCAAAGGUAUGCUCUUCAACUAAUUCUUCUAUUUCAAUCAAAACCCUUACAACUGCAGCUCAAAGAUCAGAUUUUUCAAACUCUGCUGAUUAUAAUUUCGACAAUUCCGGCGGCCCUUUUCAAAACCCUAGCUCUUCCUACAGCGAAACCCGAAACCAUAAUGGAAAUGGCUUAAACCCUAAUUGGAAUUUUAGGGAAACCACUGGAAAUGUUGUAGACAAUAACCAAGUUUCCCCAAUUGGAAACCCUGGAAGUUCUUAUCAUCAAUAUAGUGGGAAUCAUCAUCAUGUUAGUGAAUCAGUUGAUAGGAAUUUCGGGGGGCAUGGUGUGGGUUCCAAUGGGCAGUUGCAGUAUAGCCAAAGGGAGGUUUUUACGCAGAAUUCGAGUAGUUGGAGAGGACUUAAUAGUGGAGAUGGGAAUUAUCAAGGCCGUUUAGAGUCGCAAGGAAGCUGGACCGGUAAUUAUACUCGAGAUACGAACCAAUUUCAGCCUGGCUCGAGUGGUUAUAACGCGGGAAAUGUCGGAAUGUAUCAGCAUAACUCAAAUGUUGGAUAUGGACAACAGAAUGUGAAUGUUCCGCAAUAUCAGCAAAACUGGAAUGGUGUGAACAAUGUAAUUGGAGCUUCUAAGCUGUCAAACAAUCCUGAAGUUGAAAGAAAUUCAGGUGAGGCUUCUGAAGGGACCUCAUCUAAAGGUACACUUGAGGAGUUUGAUGAGCUCUGCGAGGAGAAGAAAGUAAAGGAAGCAGUUGCUAUCUUGCCUUUGUUGGAGGAGCAGCGUAUUCCUGUGGAUUUGCCUCGUCUUUUGCAGUUGAUGCAGGCAUGUGGAGAAGCUAAGGCUUUAGAGGAAGCAAAAGCAAUUCAUAACUAUAUUGUCAGAUCACAACCUCCUUUAGAGGUCAGCAUGUAUAAUAACAUCUUAGAGAUGUAUGGGAAAUGUGGUGAUAUGGACAGUGCAUCUGCCGUGUUCAACAAAAUGCCAGAGCAUAAUUUUGCUUCUUGGGAUACUAUGAUAACAUGGCUUGCCAAGAAUGGUCUUGGGGAAGAUGCAAUUGAUCUGUUUAGUCAGUUUAAACGUGCUGGAUUAGUACCUGAAGCACAAUUGUAUACUAGAGUGUUCUCUGCUUGUGGUGUUGUAGGCGAUGUUACUGAGGGAAUGCUGCAUUUUGAAUCCAUGAAGAAGGAUUAUGGCAUUAUACCAUCAAUGGAGCAUUUUGUGGGCAUUGUGAACAUGAUGGGAACAUGUGGGUAUUUGGAUGAAGCUUUAAAGUUCAUUGAAACUAUGCCAAUAGAGCCAAGCAUUGACGUAUGGGAAACCUUGAUGAAUCUUAGCCGGGUCCAUGGGAACUUGGAGCUUGGCGAUCGUUGUGCUGAACUUGUUGAGAUUUUAGAUCCUUCUAGGUUGAAUAAACAAUCUAAGGCUGGUCUUGUACCAGUUGACGAGUCAGAGUUGAUGAAAGAGAAAGAGAAGAAGUUAGGAAGUCGAAAUCUUUUAGAAGUUAGGAGCAGGGUCCAUGAAUAUCGAGCUGGGGAUACAUCACAUCCUGAAACUGAUAGAAUAUAUACCAUGCUCCGUGGUUUAAGAACACAGAUGAAAGAGGAUGGUUACAUUCCAGAAACAAGAUUUGUAUUGCACGAUGUAGACCAAGAGUGCAAGGAAGAUGCUCUUCUUUCUCAUAGUGAGAGACUUGCUGCUGCUUACGGGUUUUUCACCAGUCCUGCUCGGUCUCCUAUUCGAGUAAUCAAGAAUCUUCGUGUCUGUGGUGACUGCCAUAACGCAUUGAAGAUCAUCUCAAAAAUUGUUGGAAGAGAACUUAUAAUGCGGGAUGCCAAGAGGUUCCACCAUUUCAAAAAUGGAGUGUGCUCCUGCCGUGAUUAUUGGUGAAUGGGAUAAAUUUGAAGGAUUAACAAUGAGACUAGAAAUGGGCGACAUCUUCUUUCAGAAAUAUGGGAAUAUGGCCGAACAUUUCAUGCAAGCAGUGAUGCAAGUGAGGAUGCAUAGAAUUGUCUCAAGGGCAACUCAAAUGGAAGGAGCUGAGAUUUGAUAGAAUAUGUUUAUGUUGGAAGGUCUAAUCAUAUUUAUAUUCUUUACAGUUUUAGUGAGCAUGAUACGAUGAUGACAAAAUAAUACGAACUCUUUUAGCAUCUGUCCCUGUAUUCUUUGUAUUUGAAAACAUCGUAAAUGAUUCUGAAACAUAGAAAUUAAUGGAUUCUUUUUAAUA